AUGAUCAUGAUGCCGCUCCGUUUCUCCAUGGCACAAUCAUGGUCACAAUCCCGGCAAUUCUUGGAUCCCCAUCCGUUUCGAAUGAUGGCAAGCAAUCAUGACGACGAGGAGCAACUACAGGACACCCCCAGACCAAGCAAACUGUCGUUUCUUCAGUAUCUCCAGCAGGAUGUCGACCCUCAACAAUGCACAGUACCCCUUGCUGCAUUCUGUUUCAUGACUGGCUUCAUUGACUCAAUCAGUUUUUCUGCCGUCUUCGUUUGGUGUGGGUUUCAAACUGGAAACUUCGUUCAGCUCGCUGUCGCCCUCGCUCGUCUAUUCGAAGGCCCUCCAGGACAAAGAGACCAAUCAUUCCACAAAGCUGACCAACAAGCACUCGCCUCCCUUCUCGCCUUCAACGUCGGUGCCUUAUUCGGUCGAUGGGGAGACCACCUCGGAUCCCAUAAACGAUUAUGGCUGAUAAUUGGAACCUUUGUACAAACUCUCCUCACCAUGGCAGCUGCAUUGACGAUAUGGAAGAGUGGAUCUGGUGCCAUUGCAGAUAACCGAGGUGACCCGGCGUGGACGAACGGUCUCUCGCUUGCAGCUAUCAUUUUCAUGAGUGCUAGUUUAGGGGUGCAAGGAAUACAGGGGAAACGGUUAAACACGCAGUUUACGACAACGAUCGUACUAACCACGGUGUGGGUCGAGCUCAUGUCGGAUCCUAGCUUGUUCAACCUUCGUCGGAAAGUUAUCACUCGGGACCAUAAACUCAUAGCCGCUAGUUCUCUUUUCAUCGGAGGCUUCGUCUCUCGUGCAAUUCUCGGAAAGAUUGGUUCAGCGGGUACCCUGGGGGUCGCUGUAGGAUUACGGGCCCUCAUUACCCUAGCUUGGUUGUUCGUACCGGCGAAACAGAAGAAGGGUUCGGAAGAAGGGAAAUAG